AUGGAAAAUCUCACCGUUGCUCAAUCAGAAUCUCAGAUCAAAGAGGAUAUGUCUAUGAACAAUCAUCCUCCAGAGAAGGAGAAGGAGAAGGAUAAGGACACUAACAUGGAACCACCUAGUAGUCCACGUCAUCGUAAGGUUCUUGCUAGAUGGCUACCAGAUGAAGCGCAAAGACCGGUCGUUGACGAAGCUCCUGUAUUCACCCCGUCUUUAGAGGAGUUUGAAGAUACACUUGCAUACAUAGAGAAGAUACGUCCACUAGCGGAGCCGUAUGGUAUUUGUCGAAUCAUCCCACCGUCGACAUGGACUCCUCCUUGUCGGCUUAAGGAGAAGAGUAUAUGGGAGCAGACAAAGUUUCCGACCCGGAUUCAGAAUGUGGACCUGCUUCAGAACCGGGAGCCCAUGAAAAAGAAACCAAAGAGUAGAAAAAGGAAACGGAGAAGAAACUCGAGAAUGGGUUCUUCUAAGAGACGAUCUGGCUCUUCUCCCUCUGAACCUACUUCCUCUCCCGAAGCCGAGGAGAAAUUCGGCUUUAAUUCUGGUUCAGACUUCACUCUUGAUGAGUUUGAGAAAUACGCUCUGCAUUUCAAAGACGCGUACUUUGAAAAGAAUGACCCUAGUGGAGAUGGAAAAUGGACACCGUCUGUUGAGGAAAUAGAAGGCGAAUACUGGCGGAUAGUCGAGCAACCAACAGAUGAAGUUGAGGUAUACUAUGGAGCUGACUUGGAGAAUGGUGUACUUGGAAGCGGAUUUUACAAAAGAGCGGAAAUGUCAACCGGUAGCGAUAUGGAUCAGUACAUUGUUUCAGGCUGGAACUUGAAUAACUUACCGCGUCUCCCUGGCUCUGUACUCUCUUUUGAGGAUUGUGAUAUCUCAGGAGUUCUAGUCCCAUGGCUCUAUGUAGGAAUGUGCUUUUCAUCAUUUUGUUGGCAUGUCGAGGACCAUCAUUUAUAUUCGCUGAAUUAUCAUCACUUUGGUGAGCCAAAAGUAUGGUAUGGUAGUCCAGGAAGCAAUGCAACCGCUCUCGAGAAGGUGAUGAGAAAAUAUCUGCCUGAUUUGUUUGAAGAACAGCCUGAUCUACUUCAUGGCCUGGUUACUCAGUUUUCUCCAUCAAUUCUAAAAGAGGAGGGAGUCCAGGUUUACCGGGUGGUUCAGAAUGCAGGGGAGUAUGUAUUGACUUUCCCGAGGGCGUAUCAUGCUGGAUUCAACUGCGGUUUCAACUGCGCAGAAGCGGUUAAUGUGGCUCCGGUUGAUUGGUUGGCUCAUGGACAGAAUGCUGUGGAACUAUACAGUAAAGAGACAAGGAAGACUUCUCUGUCUCAUGACAAACUUCUCCUCGGUGCAGCUUAUGAAGCUGUUAAGGCACUUUGGGAACUCUCAGAUUCUGCGGGAAAGGAAAGUAUAGAAAAUUUAAGGUGGAAGAGUUUCUGUGGGAAGGACGGAACACUUACCAACGCCAUCCAGGCUCGGUUACGGAUGGAAGAGGAAAGAAUUGCAGCUCUUGGAAGCGAUUCGUCGAGUUUAGUAAAGAUGGAGAAGGACUUUGAUUCAAACUGUGAAAGGGAAUGCUUCUCGUGUUUCUAUGAUUUGCAUCUUUCGGCUUCUGGCUGCAAAUGCUCUCCUGAAGAAUAUGCGUGCCUUAAACACUCAUACGAUCUCUGUUCAUGCGAAGAGAAAGAUCGAUUCAUCCUUCUCCGUUACACAAUGGACGAGUUAAGCUCGUUGGUCAGAGCAUUGGAAGGGGAAUCAGGUGAUCUAAAGCUAUGGGCUUCCAAGGUCUUGGGCAUUGAAGACAGUGAUGAAGAUAAGAAAAAGGCUAUUUCAGUUAUCAGCGAGGAGAAGAAGCUAAAGGAAGGUUCGUUUGAUCUGAACAUGGACUUGGAGAUGGAUUAUCACGAAGACCCUAAAGAAGAAGUCAGCACCAGUGGCGAGUUAACCGCUUCAGAGAACUUUAAUGCAUCGGUCAAGCCUAUAAACCUCGGGUUCUUGAUUUUUGGAAAACUUUGGUGCAAUAAGCAUGCUAUAUUCCCAAAAGGAUUCAAGAGUCGUGUAAAGUUCUACAACGUGCUUGAUCCAACAAGAAUGAGCGAUUACAUCUCCGAGGUUUUGGAUGCAGGACUCAUGGGACCAUUGUUCAGGGUUACUCUGGAAGAAUCACCAGACGAGAGUUUCUUCAAUGUCUCGGCCCAACAAUGCUGGGAAAUGGUGCUGCAGAGAGUGAAAGAUAGGUCGACAAGUCUUGGUCUUCCUAGUUUAUCGCGGUUUGAGGGUAUUAACGGGCUUCAAAUGUUUGGUUUCCUCUCGCAAUCUAUAGUUCAGGCCAUUGAAGCUCUUGACCCGAACCAUCGACUCAUUGAGUAUUGGAACCAUAAGAACAAUGCGUCAUGCGAAUCGAAAGAUCACUUCAUAUCAUCAAGCUGUUCAGUGAGUUUAUCGAAAGGAAAACUUUUCGGAGUAGAUUUGAUGUAA